UUCACAGCCAAAAAAUUACAGCUUAAGAACUUGACAUAUACUUACAUAUGUACUAUGUAUUAAACGAAAAAAGUAAUGGGACAGAAUGGUCAUCGACGUAGUGAGACUGUGUCUUGGCGUAAUCAACUUUGUGGGGCAAAGGAAGAACUAUUGUAUUUAUAAUUUAGUUUUACUGAAAAUGGUAAAAAUCACUGCCAAUUUAAAUCAACGACUCUCUCGCACAUUCAGUUCACCCGAUUACGACGAAGAUACACAUACAUAUGUAUACGUAUUAAUAAAAGAAAAAAAUGUAGCCGCAGGAGAGUCAGUUUGUCUCUGUUCCGCUACUAACAUAAAUAACUGAACUUAAGAAAUAAAGGAGAAUAAAAAUCCUUCAUCACGAACAUAACAAAGGCAACUGUGCAUAGCAUCGUUUUGUAUAAAUAGCAGAACAUAUAGUCGAACUGAUAACACAAUCGUCGUAGAGCGAGUACUGGUACAUUGCAAAACCGCAUCACUAGCAGCGCUCUUCAAGUUAUUUAAAAAAAAUGUCUCUAUAUUCGAAAAUUAUAAUGCAGUUCUUCCUUUAUUUGUCGUCCGUUUUGGCGGUAGUCAGUGCCGAUGGUUACUAUUAUGAGAUUCCCUCUACACGCACCGCUCCGCACUGGAAUAGGUUAGCGUCUGCCCAGCAGUAUCAAUAUCACACCCAGGAUGGCUUUGGUCAUUAUUCUUAUGGCUAUGGAGAACCAUUUUCCACAAAACAAGAAGUACGCACUCAAGACGGGACUACACGUGGCUCCUACGCUUAUUUAGACGCCGAAGGCAAAUUGCAGACUGUCACAUAUACCGCCGAUGCCGAUGGCUUCCAUGUAGCGGGUACUAAUUUGCCAAAACAGCGAUCAUCGGCGGAUGGUAGCAUUGCACUCGAGGUACCACAAUCUGUGCAGGAAACACCAGAAGUUGCAGAGGCGCGCUUACAACACUUGGAAGCGCAUCAGCAGGCCAACUUGCGUUUAUACAGAAUUUCCACUCCUAUCUCCUCGAAUUCAAUGUUUGAAAAGGAAUCUAAUGAUGACAAUGUAAAAGUUAUCGACUUACUUCCCCAGCAAGUAGAAGAUACGCCUGAAGUGGCCGCUGCUAAAGCGAAAUUCUUUAAGCGUUACGAGGAGGUGAAGCAGCGCAAUAAUCGAUUGCGCCAGAAGCAGCAGAACGCGGGUUAUGCCUUGGUCAAGUCGCAACCGUUGACUGUGACGGCCCCUUUGAGGAUUUAUAGGCCGACUAUAAUUCCAAGUGGCGCUUUCCGUUAUAAUAUUGUUGUGCCAUCAAAUGAUCGCGAGUACUUGCCUGUCGCUACAUUAAGCUCUAAGAAAAAGUAAUAUUUUGAUUAUUUUCGUUGAUUAAUAAAAGACAAAUGCAAUAACAAUAUGUAUAUAAAAUAAUUUAAA